ACCAUUGGCACUGACCAGGAGCGAUACAAUUUUUUUUUCCGGGUGGGAAAACAUAACUCUACAAGUUGGUGCAGUAGAAGAAAAUUCCGCUGGAAAAAAAAAGGCACCCACACACAAAAACGCACCCAACUGUGUGUUUGAGAAUUGAACAGAGAGAUGGCUCGUCAAACAACGAAAUCACUGAUCGGAAACUUGGCAGCGAAGCUGCUGCAAAACCCUAAUGGGAAAUCCCAGCAAUUGCGCCACUUCGGAUCGCCGCCGCCACCGGCGGCCGUCUUUGUUGACAAGAACACUCGCGUCAUCUGCCAGGGAAUCACCGGCAAAAACGGGACCUUCCACACCGAACAAGCCAUUGAGUACGGCACCAAAAUGGUUGGUGGGGUUACUCCAAAGAAGGGUGGAACAGAACACUUGGGACUUCCAGUUUUUAACUCUGUUGCAGAAGCUAAGGCUGAAACAAAGGCUAAUGCGUCGGUCAUUUACGUACCUCCACCUUUUGCUGCUGCAGCUAUUAUGGAGGCAAUGGAGGCUGAAUUAGAUUUGGUUGUGUGCAUCACAGAAGGAAUUCCUCAGCAUGAUAUGGUAAAGGUGAAGGCUGCUCUUAAGAAGCAGUCAAAAACACGGCUGAUUGGACCAAAUUGUCCUGGUAUUAUUAAGCCGGGAGAAUGCAAAAUAGGUAUUAUGCCAGGAUACAUCCACAAACCAGGGCGUGUUGGAAUCGUUUCUAGAUCCGGUACACUAACUUAUGAAGCGGUCUUCCAAACAACCGCUGUUGGUCUUGGGCAGUCUACUUGUGUUGGUAUUGGUGGAGAUCCUUUUAAUGGCACCAAUUUUGUCGAUUGCUUAGAGAAGUUUGUUGCUGAUCCACAGACUGAAGGUAUUGUUCUCAUAGGAGAAAUUGGUGGUACAGCAGAAGAGGAUGCUGCAGCGUUCAUAAAGGAAAGUGGGACUCAGAAGCCUGUUGUUGCUUUUAUUGCUGGACUCACUGCUCCACCUGGUCGACGAAUGGGUCAUGCUGGAGCUAUUGUAUCUGGUGGGAAGGGUACAGCGCAGGACAAAAUCAAGAUCCUCAAGGAAGCUGGAGUUACUGUUGUAGAGUCUCCAGCCAAAAUUGGAGCCGCGAUAUUUGAUGUCUUCAAGCAAAGGGGUCUUGUGUAAGGGUUAUUAUGGUACUUUUCCGGUGGGAAUACUUACUAAGAUUGUCCAGUCGUCCUGAAAUGCUUCCUAGCGCUGAUGGUAACAAAGAUGAUCAUUUUUGCAACUUCAUUGAGUUUCCAUGACAUGUAGGAGAGCUCCAGAAAUAUCUCCAUUCAUCUGAGUGAUUUAUUGUUCAUCUUGUGCGUAGUUGAAGUUUUGAGAUUUCAAUUGUUCAAGUCUAAAAAUUUUCCUAGCCUUUGCUAUUUUAUCUUACAAUAAUGUCACACAACAACGAAACCGCUUGGUACAUAUCAGCCACCAAUUGUGGAUUAUAUGCAACGUAUUGAUCAUGCAGUUGAAUUAUUCUUUUC